AUGUUGUCGAAACAGUCUCCCGGUCCAAGGUCCAUACCGGUGUCCGCUAGAGCUCCAUUCAAGGUGGGAAUACCCAUGAUUAUCAUGAUUACCGUGAUUAUCGCCCGGGGACUCGAUGAACGGAUUACAGGUUGUAUACUGCUCAAAUGCGAUGGUGUGAUGUACGACGUGUUGGUUGUUCAAAACACCCGGACCAGACAUCAAAACCAACUCCGCUUUGAUAGCACGCCGGAAACUCCACUGACCAGUCGUGCUACAUCUGCUGCCUGUUUCCCCUCGCCAAUUCCAAUUCGUAUACAUGCAGACCUAUCACCCUUUACUCCACGAACGGCACGUUUGAUCGUUCCGAAGGACAACAACCUGGUCGUUUCGGUGGUCACCGUAUCCCUACUCUACAUACCAAGUGCCUAUGGAAUAGCGCUUAAGUCCCGUUUUCCGUCCUAUCGACUGCGUGCCUUCGAAAUUAGGUCACAUGAUAGCUCACGUGGUGUGUCGUCCGACCCACCGCGUGCCCUUUACGGCCGCACGCUGUACACCCGCGCCCGGUCCAAUGCCCAUGUGACACAAGUUUUGCAGAGGCGGCGACGACAGCGGCACAAAGUUGACAAUUUCAAGGUUCCUUUGUGCACCUACGAACUGCCAUCCUAUCCGACGCAAGACGAAACAUCCUCCAAAGGCUCUCGGGAUACUGGCAUUGACAGUGAAAUGCGUGCUUCAGUAGACGAAGCAGGAGGAUAUAACUCAUCAGGACCUUCGGAAGUUGCUUUUCACAUGUGAAGUUACAGUAAAUAGAGUGAACUUGUUUGAAGAUACGUGUGUCCAACUUGUACCAAAUAAAAUCGGGG